CACAAACUUUACAUACGUACAAUGUCAGACUCUAAAUUAGGUUGGUUAGUCCUGUUGGACCUCACUGAGACCCCAGACCACGUCUUAAGACGUUCCUCCAUCAUCGGUACUAUCGGUCCUAAGACCAACGACCCGGAAGUGUUGGUUGCGUUGAGAAAGGCCGGGAUGAACAUUGUCAGAAUGAACUUCUCCCACGGUUCCUAUGAGUACCACCAGUCUGUGGUGGACAAUGCCAGAAAGUCUGAAGCAAUCUACCCGGGCAGACCAUUGGCCAUUGCCUUGGAUACCAAGGGACCAGAAAUCAGAACCGGUACCACCGUUGGAGAGAAGGAUUUCCCAAUUUCCGCUGGCCACGAAAUGACCUUCACCACUGAUGAGGCCUAUGCCAAGCAGUGUACCGACCAGAUCAUGUAUAUCGACUACAAGAACAUUACCAAGGUGAUUUCUACGGGCAGAAUCAUCUACAUCGACGAUGGUGUGUUGUCGUUUGAGGUUUUGGAGAUUACAGACGCCUCCACCUUGAAAGUGAGAUCGGUCAACGCCGGUAGGAUCAGCUCCCACAAGGGUGUCAACUUGCCAAACACUGACGUCGACUUGCCAGCGUUGUCUGACAAGGACAAGGCUGACUUGAGAUUCGGUGUCAAGAACAACGUCAACAUGGUGUUUGCUUCCUUCAUCAGAUCUGGUGACGACAUCAAGGCCAUCAGAGAGGUGUUGGGCGAGGACGGCAGAGAGAUCCAGAUCAUUGCCAAGAUUGAGAACCAGCAGGGUGUCAACAACUUUGACGAGAUCUUGAGAGAGACCGAUGGUGUUAUGGUGGCCCGUGGUGACUUAGGGAUUGAAAUCCCAGCGCCACAGGUGUUCAUGGUCCAGAAGCAGUUGAUUGCCAAGUGUAACUUGGCUGGUAAACCAGUCAUCUGUGCUACUCAGAUGUUGGAGUCCAUGACCUACAACCCUAGACCAACCAGAGCCGAGGUCUCCGAUGUCGGUAACGCCAUUUUGGACGGUGCUGACUGUGUCAUGUUGUCCGGUGAAACCGCCAAGGGUGACUACCCAGUCGAAGCUGUCACCAUGAUGAGCAACACCGCGUUGAUUGCUGAAAGAGCGAUUCCGUACGUGCCGUUCUUCAACGAAGUCAAGAGCUUGACCUCCAAGCCAACCGAAACCGUCGAAACCGUUGCCAUGUCCGCCGUCUCUGCCGCAUUCGAGCAGUCCGCCAAGGCCAUUGUCGUCUUGUCCACCUCCGGUACCUCCGCUAGAUUGUGCUCUAAGUACAGACCAGAUAUCCCAAUCAUCAUGAUCACCAGAAACAAGAGAGCCGCCAGAUUCGCCCAUUUGUACAGAGGUGUCUAUCCGUUCAUCUACGAGGGUGAAAAGUGCGGUGACGACUGGCAGCAGGACGUCGAAAACAGAUUGCAAGCCGGUAUCCACAGCGCUGUCGAGCACGGGAUCUUGAACAAGGGCGACACCAUCGUUGCCAUCCAGGGGUGGACCUCCGGUCUCGGCCACACCAACACCAUGAGAGUCUUGUCCGCUUAAGCUCUAUGUAUAUUUAAUCAACCUGUAAACAAAAGCACCUUAGGUGAUGGGUUAAUGCCUGUUAAAGGGAUAUAUUUAUGGCUAAUCUCGUAGGCAGGAAAGUUCCUGUGUUAGUAUGUCGAGGACUGCCUUACGUCUGAGGUGGAUGCAUCUAUAGACUGGAGAUUAGG